GACAUCUAUUAGUCAUGCACAAAUCCUACCAGCCAUUAAAACCUGUAACUAACAAAUACCUGCAGAAGAAAUGGGAUCAGACGCAUUAUGAGGAUCAUCGGAGUAAGGUGCGAUCAGCCAAACCUGUGGUGAACACCAGAGGAGUCCAAACACCAGCUCAUAUUCAACUCAAACUGAAGAAACAUCAGGUUGAAGAAGAGAGACGGGCGGUGAUAGAGAGAGAUAAUCAACUGUUGGCUAACAGAUUAACAGCUAUCACACAAUCUAAAGGACUCGUGGAUCACUGGAAUCAUUACACACUAAACAGUCUGAACGGUGAGAGACGGAGGGCGGAGAUACUGCAGGUGACGCAUGAAAACCAGGCCAUCUAUCAGCGAAUCACAGAGCGUAAAUCUGAAUACAGAAAGGAACUCUGGGAAGAGAACUGGGAAAAAGUCGAGCAAAGGAGAGACGACAUCGCCCGAUAUUCACGAGGAGUGACUAAUAAACAGAAACCUAACAAGUGUGUAAAGUUUUCAUCAGGAUCAUCAGGAGGGAGUCAGAGUUCAUCUGCUAGUGUAGAUGAUGAUGAUGAUGAAGAUUACAAACACUGACAAAUCAGAUGGCAGACUUGUGAGAAGUAGGGGCUCAUUCCCCCCUUUUUAUCGCAGCCAUUCAUGCGCAAUCAAAUUACAUUUCACGUAAUGAAUGUGGGGUCUGGGCUUGAGCAGAAAGAGCUUUCAACUUCAGAAAGUAAAGCAUUGCAAAACUCUAUUUUGUAUUUGUUUUUUGUUUGUGUUUUAUUUUUGUAGAUUAUAUGAUGAAAUAUAGUUUAAUUUAAAAAAGCAAACAUAUUGUAAUCAUAGAUGAAUUUUCUCUGAAUUGUUCCAUGAACCUACAGAGCAGUAACGACAUGAACUGUAAAUAAAUAUCUGCAUUUGGUCA